UUGCGGUGACGGCUGAACGUAGUUUUGUGUUAUCGUGAUAAUAUUAUUGUUUUUUUUUAAAUUAUUACUAUCAUAUUUCAGUUUUUCCUAUGUAAUUGAGUUGUUAGAGUAAAAUAAUAUAAGGUACCUCUAAAUGCAAAUGCACUAGAAGUCAUAUUCUAGGAUUUGUAGAUAUUAUACUCAUAAAAUGCCAAGAAAUAGAAAAAAGAAUAAAAAUCUUACACGAAUAAGACCAUUUUAAUAUUUUGAAAAUUAAUCGACUUACAUUAGUUUACUCUAUAUCCUAUUCUAUCCAUCUCUCAGUCCUAAGUUUAAUGUGAUAUAGAAAUAGAAAUUAUACUCAAAUUGGUUUAUUAUAAUUUAUAAUGUCCGACCCAACAAUUCAAACAUUUUGCUGCCGUCACACUGGCAAUAAAGAAGAUAUGGCUGUUAAAAUUAUGGACGAGUUUAAUACAGAGUCUUAUAAUACUGUGUGUCUAGUGUCUUCUACUGUGGGGAUAUUAGGUGCCAUGUACCAGAUAUUUCUAAACAGUUCAAAACAACAUCGUUCUAAUAGAGGACGAAACAUUAUCAUGUGGCUAGCUGUUUCAGAUCUAUUGGCAUCUUUAGGUGUUUUAGUCAGAUCUUCUCUUUGGUUGAGAUAUAAAAAUAUUAUGCCUCUGCCAGAUGAUGAUGUCAGUGUUUUACUUUGUACCCUUACCUCGGCUUGGACUCAAUAUUUCUACACAGCAACAUGGUUUUGGACAUUAUUCUACGCUAUAGACACAUGGAAUUCAAUAAAAGGAUAUGAUCCACAUCCGGUUUUGUACCAUUAUCUAGCUUGGGGCAUCUCUGCCGCAACAACAAGCAUCGGACUAUCAAUUUUAUAUAUACCUAAUGCAACCUGUCACAAUCUGUCUUCAUUAUCGAGCGCACUCAUUAGAAUACUGCCCAACUACUGUGCUAACUACGUGCCCAUAGCAUUGGUUAUGAUAGUCAACCCAUACUUAUAUGUAGUGUCCGGAAAAAAUAUUGAAACUGCUAUUGCAUUACCACUGGCUCAGUUUACCAGCAAAGAAAGGAGAGUAGUUGAUGUGCUAAAGCUGAAGUUCUUCCUGAUAAAUGUCGUGUUCUAUGUGUGCUGGCUACCAAACUUGAUCAAUGGGAUCUUGAUAUGGACCAUGUGGUUCAACAUGCCAGUUAAACUUAUCAUCACUAUAUGGUACAUUAUGGCAUUAAUGAAUCCAAUGCAGGCUCUUUUAAAUGCAUUGGUCUAUCGCAAAUGGAGCAUUGGAGAGCGAUAUCGACCAACAUUCCCAAAUGCGCAUAAGGAAUUGAACUUCAGUGAUGAACAAUCGCCAUUACUUGGGUCUGAACCGCCCCGCCUGAAACUAUCCAAAAUACCAUCAGCUAUAAAUAACUACGCCACAUUGUAAUGAUUAAAAGAGAUAAACAAACAUUAAAAAAAUUAGCCUGGCCGCCAAGAGUAGAAAAAUAGUAGUUCAUUAAGUGUAUUGAGGCGGUAUUCAUAGAUAAGGGAGCCGAUAGUGCAAUGAGUCGUUUCAUGUGCCGUUUUUAACACAAUUAUGAGGAAAUUAUUUGGAGUAUGCUUCGUUGCAGAAAAUGGACAUUCCGCCAAUACCAAAAACAAAACUAAGGUAAUAUUUUCGAAUUUAUUUUGAAUUUUUGGUGAUAAUUUUUUUAUUUAAUAAAGAUACCAUUUAUCUAUUCAAGAAAAUAUGUACUGUUUUAGCCGCAUCAAAACUCAUUCUCAAUAUUUAAAAAUAAAUGUACUUGAUAAAUGACUAUAUCAUGAAAUUAUGAAUGCUUCGCUAUAUAAUAAAUAUAUACAAAUGUGGUAUUAUGAAGUAUAUGUUUAUAUAUUCUAGUAUAUGAUGAAUAUAUUUUUAAACGUUUCGUUAUCGCUAAAUUAUACCACUGAGUUUUGUAGUUCGAGGCAUGUAGCUGUUGUCAAGCGCAACUUAAAUCUAGAUUUCAUUAAAUUUGUUUUUGUAUACUCCCGGCAAACAGAGUUUAGACAUAGGUGAAAUGCAAUAUCAAAUUAUAUAUUUAUAGUAUAUUUUUUCCUUACAUUUUUUUGAAAUAUAUUUCUUAUUUUAUUAUUUUAAGAGAUGACUCUAAUUUUAAGUAGGUAUACAUGCAAGUAAUAAAUGCAGCUGUUGUCAAGCGCAAGUUAAAAUAUAUUUAUUUUAUUUUUGUCCACACCCGGCAAACUGAGCAUAGACAUGCAAUAUCAAAAUAUUAUACAUUUAUAUUAUUUACUUAUUUUUAAUUAUCUAAUAAUGUUAGAAUCUAUUUAUAAUUUUGUUAUUUUUAUUACAAGACUCCAUUUUAAAGUCGGAAGAAAUAAAUAAAGCUGUUGUAAAGCGUAAUUUUAAUCAAUAAUAACAAAGAUAUAUAUUUAUUAAAAAUUAUAUUUUGUUCACUCCUGGCCAAAAGAUUUUAGAUACGUGAAAUGCUAUAUCAAAUUAUCAAACAUUUUAUGUUAUUUAUCUUUAAACUGAUAUUCAAAUUCAAAUAUUUUUAUGCAAAAUAGGAUUUAAAAUCACUUAUUGAACGUCAAAAUCUGCUACUACUACUACCCAUUCAAAAGAGACUGCCUCAGACCUGAGAAGAAUGGGCGCAAGAAACUCGGCGGGCUUUUUUUUAAUAUAAAAUAUGGAUGACAAUUUAAUAUCGUACAAUAAACAUUUAUAAUUAAAGAGCCUGAGGGUGUUCGAUUUAUUCCCAGUCCGUGGUGUCAUUAAGAAAAUCGUUUAUGCUAUAAUAACCUUUCCCACACAAACGUUUUUUAACAAUUCUUUUAAAUUUCGUAACACAUUUGUUUUGUACAUUUUCUGGGAUCAUAUUGUAGAAGCAUAUACAUCGCCCAACAAAAGACUUACUAACUCGACCCAACCGAGUAGUAGGCAUAACAAGUUUAUGUUUGUUCCUCGUGUUAACAUUAUGAAUGUCACAGUUUCUAGAAAAUUCCUCAAUGUGCUUAUGAACAUACAAAACAUUAUCAAAAAUGUAUUGAGAAGCAACAGUCAAAAUGUUUAUUUCUUUAAAUUUUUCUCUUAAUGAUUCUUUAGAUAGAAUCUAUUUAUAAUUUUGUUAUUUUUAUUACAAGACUCCAUUUUGUAUUCGUCUUGAUACAAGAAAUAAAACGUGCCAUGUUUGUAUAGUAUAUUGUGUUUUUAUAUUUAUUUUUUAAGAAAUAUUUUAUUUUGUUAAUAUAUAUUUUUAUGUUUUUUUAUUAUCUUAUACUGUUGUCGAAAUAAUAAAUAAAUUUGUUUUUAUAACUACUGCUGUACUAUCAACUACUUUGCGAUGACUUAAAUUCGUAUUUACGGAGUGGCUAGAAUCCAUUUUGUUUUAUGUUUUACACAUUAUAAGUGCAGUAAUCCUGUCUAUAACCUGGUAUUAUUGAUAACACGGGCAAUUGCUCCAUAUAACGCGGUGAUAUACAUAUUUCUGUUCUGUGAAAUUUAUAAUGAUUUGUACAGUUCAUAAUUAGCUUCGCGUAGCAUUGCACGUGUGUCAAUUGUGUUAUUACAAAAUUAAAUUAUUUUAUUAAAUGUGUGUUUUAAAUAGCUUAAUAAAAUUUAAAACUAAUUGUGAUUAAUUAUUAUUAUUACGAAUUACCAGGUCAUUUCUAUGACCUGGUAAUUACGGAAUUACGGAAACACUCCUAGAACGCGGAUACAAUCUACCGCGUUAUAAGGAGGAUUACCUGUAUAUCUUAGUGAUACUAUCAAUAAUCAUAAUAAUCGGAUAAAAUAUUUGAAAAGAUUAGUUCCUAUUUCUAAAUUAUACUGAAAAUAUGUUCUGUCCUCCUCUUAAAUUAGUUACUAUAUUAAGACGCUAUUGCUAAAUUUACACAAUAUGUGUUAAGUAAAUGUAAUUUAAUGUACAAAAGGGUAUUUUGGCUGUAUUGAAUUAUAUGAAUUGAUCUGUUGGCAUCCCAAGAUUAUACUAUUUUUAAAUAAGUCAUUACAUUGUAUUUAUAUGUUUUAUUUGUGAUUGAUACAGUAGUAUAUACAUUUAGGUAACUGCACAGUAUCCAGGGUACUUUGUUUGGACUUUUUUAAAUACUCAGAUAAUUUAUACGUCUAGACAGUGAAAGCGUCGAAAAAAAUGAGGUUAAAAGGCAUUAAUUUUCUCAAAAUUGAUUCCUUUAGAAUUCUUUUUGAUGUCAUUUCUAAUAUACUAGAUACUACUACCGCUUCAGAAACAAAUGGAGCUCUGAGAGAGAAGAAGAGGAGCAGGAAACUCUCCCAGCAUUCUAUUUUUGCGCUCUUUUUAAUAAAAAUAUACAAUAUUGUACAGUCAUUGCUAUUGCUAUAAAAUAAUCAUAAUCUAGUCCCAGGCUGUCCGAUAACUUAGAUAUUCAGCUGUGGAGUAGUAGGAUUUAGGACAGAGCCAUUUUUUAAUAAAACAUUUAAGCAGUUGAACAGGUUGACAGUUACCCUGUAUUUUGAGCAAUUCACGCACACUAACACAAAGUGACAUACAAAUCGCGAGUGUGUGACGUAUCUUGUCACGCACACUAAAGAAAUAAACCUGAUGUGUUUUCAUCGGUUGUCUAGCAGCAACAGCUGUAUAUUGACGUAUGGCUUAUCUAAGAUUAAUAUAAUAAUUAAAUGACGAUAAAAGCAUUUGCGUAACUGGCGUGGCCUUAAAGGAAUAAUAAUAAUACCUAAUAACGUAACCAGUAAAUAAUGACCUGACCAAAGUAUAUUAUUGAAAUUUUUUAUAUUAUAUUUUAACAUUUAGAUUCAUUUAGAAAUGAUAAAGAUGGUGAACGAGACUAAAUUAAUAAAAUUAUUUGUUCAUAUUUAUAUUUGGGUUAAGAAAAAGAUCACGAUUAGAAUAAGCUACCAUUUAUAAUACGUAAGUACUUAAGCUACGUUGAACUUGGCUGCAGAUAAAUAAAUGUGUAAAAUGAAAUGAAUAUUUAAAAAAGUAAUAGUAUUUUAUGCAACAUGUGUAUAAGAAAAAUGUGACGCGAAAAGUUUACGCAUCAAUGUUUUCUAUGAUUUUAAACAGUUCUAUGUACCUAUGUAUUCUCUGUGUAUGACGAAAAAUAUAUUCUCAUAGGCCGGUCCCCACUACUUAGGAAAAUGUGUUGGUUGAUUUAUUGAUACAAAAAUGAAGAAGUGACACAUCACUGAUGAAGUGAUUCGCGUACAUUUUUAAUUAGACUGAGUCAUAAUGAAAAGUCAGUAUAUUUUUAUGCUAAUCAAAGCGGCUUGAAGUUUCUGAAGAUUUUUUUUAAAGAAUUAAACGAUGGGUUAUAAAUUACAAAUACAUGCGGUCCUUUUUAAUUUAUAGUCCAGAAACAAAUACCUAGUGACUUGUUUAUAAAAACACACUAAACGUUCAUUUAGGUUUUUGAGAUAAGCAAAUUACGAACCUCAUGUAUUUUAGAAUUCCAUGGAAACUGAAUUGCCUGUAUAGGUAUCGAAAUCGUAAGUAGGUGCGGCCGGCGGCGGCCUCUACAGAGUAAGCCAGCCAGUCGGGACUCACGAGCGAGCAGUGACGCACGUGCGCUUUGUUGUCAACUAUUUCACAGUUGCUACCGAUAUUUUAAAAAGGAAGAAACAUAAAAAAAGUAAUGCAUAUUAGAGGUCAUUGCGAACGAAAUUUAAUUUUUCUAAGCUUCCUAAGGACGCUGAAACAAUGUAAUUGCAAGUGAUUAUUAUUAUAAUUAAAUUACCAUUUUAUGAUAGCUACCUGUUUAUUUACUAUAUAUACUAAGUAGGUUUGACUAUGUCGCGUACCAACGCAUUCAUUACUAUCUGCAGCUAAUGUAGGUAUGACAACGAAAGAAUAUUGAUUUUAAAUUACGAUUACAUACUUAUCUAUAGUAUAGAAAAAACUAAGCUAUUUUUAUAAGAUAACCUUAUAGUAGUUAGUUACACUUUUAGGUAAAUAAGUCAACCCUAAUUUCAUCAGAAGAGUCACGUGAUAGAAAGAGAGGCAACUUCUAGGUGAAUAAAAAUGUCGGUUAGUAGCGUUGUGCGAUCUGAAUUACACCUUAUUGUAGAACCGCAAGAGUCCCAAUUUCUUUAAUUGGUUUUGCGGAGUGAGACGUCCGUUCUUGUACUAUUAUUUAUUCUUUGGUUAUACACAGAAACAUACUGUAAAUUAUCGGGGUUCCGUCUUCAUUAGGAAUCGUUUGAAUCUAACAAGAUUUGUUAAACUCAAAGUAAUGGCAGCUAUAGAUAAGAUAACUAGCUGACCCGGCAAACGUUGUUUUGCCAUAUAAAGUAUAAUUCACGCGAUAGUUUUAUAAGUAAUAAAAUAUUGCCUAUAUUAUAGCCUGUACAUCAUUUUGUUCUAUUGUCAAUAGUUUUGCAGCGCACGCAAAAAUAGGUUUUCGAUUUUACACCUUGUGUUACAAAAUAGCAAUUUUAUUACGGAUCCCUAAUUUUGAAAAAAAAAACAAGCCUUCCUCGCUAAAUGGACUACCCAA